UGUCCAUAUAAGAGCGCUAAGAAAGUGAAUCUGAAGAUGCAUCUUCAGAGCGUCCAUGAUCAAAAAAUAAAGAAACUCAAACGCCGCAUCUUUGCCCCAGGAGCCCCUAAACCACCAUUGAAAGCCUAUGUGCGGUUCACAAACGAAAGACGGAAGGAACUGAAACGCGACUGCCUGCAAACCUGGCUGCAACUUUCGAAAAUUCACCGCGAAAAAUUCAUUUAUGAUAAAUGGCAUCAGCUUUCGAAAGAGUGCAAGGUUCCGUACAUAGAAGCGGCCGCCAAAGGCCAAGCUAUAUACAAAAAGAAGUUGCGCCGAUUUUUAAGGCAGAAUCCAAACAUUCUGGAAGAAGAGUUGGCGAAGCUUAAGAAGAAACAAACGAAAAGAAAGGCCGUCUCCAGCUCCAGCAGCGAUUUGACUGAUGAUGACGACCCACAUGACCUUGUCCCGCUAUCCAAGGUUAUCCGAUUAGAUGAUCCCCACCGGGCCAAUGGAAGCUCUGCUGCUGUCAAAAAUAAGGAGCCAGUCGCGUCUACAAGCAAAAGUCUGUCCACUGAGAGUGUUCCCCUGCCUCUCAAUACGCGCCGCACGUCGGUCCGCGCCCAGGCUAAUAUCAUGGACUACGAAAGCGGAGACGAAACGGAUAUUCGAGAACUAUAUUGAAAUGAAAUGUUUUCGCGUAUACGUGGAGGAACACCUUCAGCUUGUCGACAAGCGUCCGUACGAGAAAUACGAGAAAUAUUUCGGCACGUUAGAUGCAGAGUAAAUAGCAUUUCGUGCAAACACGAAAGGAGUAGUAUAAGAAUAUGAAUAUAAAGAAAAAAUGUAUUGGUUUUGUUUUACAGAGUUUUC